GUCUGCGAUAGCAGCCCGUCUCCAGCCCGCAGCUCCCGCCGGCUUGUCCGGUCCAGAUUGCGAGCUCACAUGCUCCCUGCAUGUUGACAUACCCGCGAAACCUUGUUAAUGUCGAUUGAAUGCCUCCCGUGCUGAAUCCCUUCUUACGGGCCUUCUUCCGCAGUGCACUCCCUAGCCAGUGCUCGCCCGCCCAGCACCACGUCCUACUCGUUCCCACAACCGAAGCUCUCCUGAAUUCGCGCGACAAGGAAUCGAACACGUCGUACAUUGACCUCAGCGGUUCAGAGGACUUCCUAGCAAGCCAUGUGCUGCGCGUGCCGGGCGGCGUGGGCCCCAAUAACCAUGUCAAGGACGGCGGAAGCUUCAGGGAGACAAGGGGCAAGGCAAAGCAGUUCACAACCGCGAACGGCCGCACGGUGAUAGUCAAGGACGCAUUCGUGUACAGCAACAAAGGAUUCAAGACGCUGAACCAAGCCCAGCUCUUGAGUGACACCAUCUACUACCCCGAUGCCUUCGAUGCGCAACCGUGGCUGGUAUACUUCAUAUCUCGACCGUUGAUAGGGACAUGGGAGGCCAUUCCAAUAAUACCGGCUACUUUGGAGCUUAAGAAAGAUGUAGUCGUGGCACAAUCCGCUGCGGCGGGCGCUUCUGGGGGACACACCUCGUCCAUGCCACGGAAGAAGGAGGUUAAAUCCUUUAGCGACCUUCUGAACCAUUUCCCAAUGAUUGCACGCCAGAUGCAACCGGGGCUGGAGAGGCUUUUCAAGGAGUUCGGGAGGGAGCUGGAGAAACCACUGCCACCAACUCCAUCACAAAGCUCGCGGGGAACAUCUAUAAGCUCCAGAAGACGUGGAUCCGUUUCAUCGGCAGAGACAGCGCCCUUGUCUAUGCACAGCAGCAUGUCCCAAGGCCCAAAUGGGUUCAUCUCCACAUUAGAAAUCAGCGAUGACGAAGAUCAAAUGCGAAGAUCGUUAGAGACAGCAGUCACUGCUGCGAUUGACCUUUUUCAGAUGGUGGACAAGCAACAGCUCUCUCUCCUCGGUGCAACGACGGACUUGACCGGCCCAAUCGUGGAGCGUAUGAUCGAACGCUAUAUCGCCGAGCAGGUGCACCAUUCGAUCCUAUUCCCUCGAGUCCGCGAGAUACGGCAACUUGAAGAUGCGGAUCUUGAGCGUCGAACGCGACAGAUGAUGGACAUCGAUAUAUCGCAAGUGGGUAUCGACAUCGGAAACGGGCGCAGAGGCAAGCGAGAGCUCGCUAUACGCCUUUCGAAAGCUGUGGACGUGUUCAAGAAGAUGGGCGUUGCAGGAAGUCCACAGGAAAUGCUCGAGAUACUACUUGGUGUGCAAAAACACAUCACUGAGCCGGACUCAGCAUCAACUGCGAACCAGUCAGAGUUGCAAGGCUUAACGAAUGGAGCAGAGAUUUCGGAGAAGCCUGAUCAUCUUCUUACAAUCAACGCAGAUACUCUUGUGUCACUGUUGCUUAUUGUAGUCAUUCGCGCUCCGGUUCGACAUCUGCAGGCCCGCCUAUCAUAUAUGAAGCACUUCAUCUUCAUCGACGAUGUCGAAAGUGGCGAGAUGGGUUAUGCGCUCAGCACGUUCGAGGCAGUCCUAUCAUAUUUAUCACAAGACUCAGGAGGUCUACGAAAAGCAAGUCAGCGAAACCGGAGACUAUGGCAAGCGACCACGUCAGGCGAUCUGGCAACGAUGCAAGGCAUCCUUGAGCCCGAUAGAUCAUUUCAUGAAGAUAUGGACAGCUUCUCAGAUGAGGAUGACGUACGAGUAAACCAUCGUCCUGUGAGAUUCGCGGCAAGCUUCUCGGAUCUACACUCUUUGGGAUCAACCACCCUCAAUGGCGACUGCGAACCACGAAGAAGACGCCGAAGCCCCUCACGUGACAAAAAUAAGAUCGAAGACGGUCCACUAGCACACAUCUUUCCCUUUCAACGAGCACAAUCACCCCCUCUGCCCGGUAGACCAAAGAUGAAGAAGAGGGUAUCCAUGGAUACGCGAAGCAUGUCAAGCGGCUCAGCACGAUCAUUUACGUCUCGCACAACCCUCGACUCUCGCGUCAGCGCUAUUGAAGGUGAUACGUCGAUUGAGAAACUCACGAUGACGCAAGGUACUGAAGGCCAGUCGGUUCUAAUGAUGGCCAUUGAGAGCAAGCAAGACAAGGCGUUACAGUACCUGCUCAGCUUGACAGAGUACUACUCCCCAACUUUUAUAUUCGAAGACUAUAACAAUGAGGGAACAACGCUACUGAGUGCAGCAGUUCAGCUGGCUUACGCGAGAACCACGGACACUAUUCUCAACUACAUCCUAGAUAACAGCCCUUCUCCAGAGUCUUUACGACAUUAUCUGGCAAAACAAGACUCGAAAGGGAGGUGCACAGCACACUAUCUCUUCAACCAACCGCGACUUCUCGACCGCAUCGGCCAUCUUCUACCUUGGCGGUUAAAGGAUAAGAACGGACAGACGCCUAUUUUCGCCCUAUGCAGAUCGUACGAUCACGAGCAGUACCAUGAUAUGGUGGACAAAGCCCUGUUAGUAGCAACUCAUGACCAGGCCGAUGGCCAACCGUUACAUCUCGACGAACAUGUCGACAACAAAGGAAAUAGUCUGCUUCAUAUCAUAACUGAUCCUCAAAUUGCAGUCAAGCUACUCUAUCGCUGCGAUUCAGAUGCCAAUGCUACCAAUGACAGGCAGUUCACGCCUCUCAUGGUGGCAAGCAAGUACGGCCGAACGGACAUGGUACGAGCUCUGUUCCAGGACCCGCGAGUCGACCUCUCGUCCAGAGACGCAAGAGGCCUUACAGCUGUUGAACUCGCCAAAGACGAUGAUAUCCGCAACCGUAUCGAUGAUCUUGUACUGUUAUCUAACGACCCUGGGCCUGAUGGACGAACUACCACCGUUGUUCGAUCCUUCUUCGUGGAAGAUGGGACGGUGCGACUGGUAUUGAAAUCAGGAGCACCCAACGGAAAUGGAACAAUUACAGUAACGACUUGCCGCCGAUCAUCACAGGAUUUUGAGAACCUUGCCAAAUGGCUUGCCCAAGAACAUCCCGCGUCCUGGCUACCAAUUAUUCACAACUUGGCGUCGCCUUAUCUGAUACCAUCAAGGCCAUCACGUUCGAUAUUACGCGACAUGCAACUAAGGCUCGAUGCAUUUCUAAAGAUACUACUGCGGCAUCCCACUUUUUCAACACACGAGAUGGUAUGGGAGUUCUUCCUAGUCCCAGAUAUUGACUCCUCGAUGCUCGCCGAAAGAUCCGCUCGCAAAGCCGAGCUGCGAGUCGAGCGCCUACGCGAAGAAUACGCUCCUAUAUAUGAUGUCCGAGAAGUAGAGCUGUUCGUACAACACGCACGAGAAAAUAUCCGCUCCCUCCAUCACGCCUGCAAAUCCGUUCUACGACGGACGAACAAGCUUCGCUCUGCGGCAUUAGACCUCAAUGACGCUGCCAAAAUCUCUAAUACAGCGGUUCAUUCCCUCACGUUCCUUCCUCCCAAGCACCUAAACGCUUUCGAGCGCUACACCAAGACGUUAGCGCAGAGUGAGGCAAGUCCCAUGGCUAGCUUCUACUACUCCAUGAAUGCCAUCUCCAGUACCAUCACCGCAAUCUUAACCUCGCUCUCCCGCCCCUCCACGAUCAUAUCCUCCAUGUCCAAUACCCAAAAGGCUAUAGACCGACACAACCUCUCUGUUCGCCGCUCCGACCGCUGGCCGCUCGGUCUCCUCGACGACGCGCGCUCUCGUGUUCAGCGCGAUGCGCAGGAGAAGAUGGACAAGAGCAAAUCCGAGUUGGAGGAUCUUGGGAGGGAACUCAGGUAUACGCAGCAAGCUGUUGCGGGAGAGCUGGCGAGUUGGCAGGAAAAUAGAGUGGAGAUGGGGAGGAGAACUCUAAAGGAGUUUGCAAGACGAAUGGUGGUGAUUGAGCGGGCGAGGUUGGAGAGUAUGAGGAGGGCUGUGAGGGAGUUGGGAAUUGGGGAAGGGAAGUCGGCUACAAACGGGGAAGCUGAGGUAUCGGUAGACGUUUCAACGCCGAUAGACUUGGGCAUCUUUGAAGUGGAGACGCGACAUGGUAGCACCGAAGUCGUGGCCGACGAGGUUCAAGAGGACGCCACUGAUUUGAUGGGUCAUCGCCAAGAUGAAGAUAUGGUCAACGGAAUUGGGGAAACUACGACGGACGAGCCUCCUCCUGCUGAUGAGGUCGUAAAAGGAUUGGAGCAUCCUGACGAGAGAACUGCAUCUGAGUCGAAACAUUAGCGUUUCUGUCGAUGGUUUCCAUCUUCUUUUGUAUACACUUUCGCGUUUCACCUCACGUUUGAAUAGAUGGGAUUUGGAACGGGAUAUACCAGGCUUAGUCCUAGCGAUGGCGUUCGCGGUUAUAUCCCAUGGGAUAGUAGUAGUAAUAUAUUAGACUCGACAGUAGUUGACUUUAAUUAUUUGUCAUGCUUGCA